GGGCGGAGACAAUGAUGCCGCCGCCUCCGCUGGGCCGCGGAGGCCUCGGGCUGCGGCCCCGCCUGGGCCCCGCCCGGCCUGGCCGCAGCACCUCCUACGCGCAGGGUCAGAGCCCCGAGCCCCGCACCCGGGAGUACUUCUACUACAUCAAUCACCAGGGACAGCUCUUCCUGGACGACGCCAAGGUGAAGAAUUUCAUCACCUGCUUCAAAGACCGCCGCUUCCUCGUCUUCUUCUUCUCGCGCCUGAGGCUCAACCGCAGCGGCCGCUACGAGGAGUCCUUCCCCUACCUGUCCCCGUGCGGCCGGGAGCGCAACUUCGUGCGCUGCGAGGACCGGCCCGUCGUCUUCACCCGGCUGCUGGACGGCGCGGCCGGGUGCCCCCCGCGCCUCUCCUUCUGCGGCGGGGGCGGGGAGCUGGCCGUGCCCUUCGAGCCGGCCAAGCUGCUGCCGCUGCCGGACAACGGGCGGCUCUACCACCCGGCCCCCGGCCGCCUGGGCCGCGUGGGGCUGGUGGGCUCGGCCUUGGCCUCCGAGCUGAGCCCCCGCUUCCGACGCCCUCCGGCCGAGGCCGGGGACCCCGGCGGGACGCCCACCCACUUCUUCUGGGAAGGGCGGUGCCACCCCCUCACCCGCGAGCUGAUGCCCCUGCUCCGGACCCCCGGGACCCCCCGGACCCCCUGACCCCCCCGCCCGGGGGCGGAGGGGGGCGCGGGGCCGGCCGCGGGGGGAUCGGGGCCUUAACGGGGAUUCGGACCCGACGACCGGCUCCCGGCCU